UAUAAAAUGCAGAAUACAAACAAAAAAGGACAAGCAUCAAAUCGAUAUGAUACAUCCAUAUCAAUUAAUAAACACAAUUAUGCUCAUUCUAAAUAGUAUUAGGAAUAUUAGUUGAGAAUUAAAACCUCAUUUAUUUUAGGUUACAAAGGUAACAAUUAAAUAAAUACGAAGUAUUUGUUAGAUUCGGGUUUAUUAUGGGCUUCCAACUUAAAACCAAUUGUCAAUUAGUGGAUUGAUCCUAACCUUUUAUAUAUUAGUUAAUGUCCCAUUGAAUUUCCAAUGUGAUAUUACUUUAUCUAUGAUACCUCUUCUCGAGAUGAUGACUCUUUUCGACCAGAAAUCCCUGAACUUUAAGACAGUUAUACUCGGUCGAGCGAGUUAAUUACUACCUUUAUACCCGGUUGAGAAGAGUUAUUUUAAUUAAGAGUUUAAUGUAUAUUAGGAUAUGGACUCUGAUACCAUGUUAGAUUCGAGUUUAUUGUGGGCUUCCAACUUAAAAUCAGUUGACAAUUAGUGGAUUGAUCUUAAUAGUAUUUAUUAGCAGUUAGUCUUAACUAAUCUUUUGUUAGCAAUAUUUUUUAUCAUAAUUAACAUAAUCCUUAUUGGUACACUAUCGACAUUAUCAGCUACUACUAUCACUGGUCAAACAACACAGACCAACGACCAAUCGUUAUUAUAUGACUCGCGUUAAGUUCAAGAGGUCUCGAUGGUUUACAUAUAUAUAUAUUAUAAAGAUUCCAUGAGAGCCAAUAAUACGAAUUGAAAAUGAAAAAAAAUCAUUCUCAAUUUUGUAAAGAAAAAUAAAACAAAAAGGAGAAAAUGAUCAUUAAAAAGACAAAAAAAGAGAGGGCAUGCCAUCUGUUAUAUGUAGCCGUUGCACCUUCCUCUCCGUUUUAAAUACUCAAGUCAUAACAUUUCCUCAUACGCUCCAAUAUUGAAGUCUUUAAUUUUCUUGAUGCGAUGGUGAGAUCAAUCCAAGAAGGAGGAGUCUUGAUGAUGUCUUCAUCCUCUUCCUCCACAACCACAACCACAAGCAACAACGGAACCGACUCCGACGAUUCUCUCAGCCCCUCCUCCGCCUCUUCCAAAAGCUUCGUCCUCACCACUCUCCCUCCCCCCAUCACCGGCGCGUACAAGCCACUCGCCGUCCUCUCCGCUCACGUCGGCUCCGUUUCGUCUUUAGCUCUCUGCGGCGAGUUCUUGCUGAGCGCGUCUCAGGGGAAAGACAUCAUCGUCUGGCAACAGCCAGAUCUCAAGAUCUUUACCAAAUUCGGACAAGGAGACGGGUCCGUGAAGGCUUUGGUCAGCGUGGGAAGCAAAGUGUUCACGGCGCAUCAAGACAGCAGGAUCAGAGUCUGGAAAGUGUCACGGAGAAGCUCCGAGAACGCUUUCAGGCUCGUCGACUCGCUUCCCACGACGAAAGAUUACUUGGGGAAGUUUAUGAAACAGAGCAACUACGUUCAGACGAGGAGGAACCAUAAGAGGCUCUGGAUCGAACACGCCGAUAGCAUCUCGUGCCUUGCGGUACACGCAGGGAUAAUCUACUCAGGGUCGUGGGAUAAGACUCUUAAAGUGUGGAGAUUGUCGGAUCUUAAGUGUCUUGAGUCGAUCAAGGCACAUGACGAUGCUAUUAACGGUCUUGUUGCCGGAGAAGGCAGAGUAUACUCUGCUUCUGCGGACGGGAAGAUCAAGAUUUGGGGGAAAGAGAAGAGGAAGAAAGCUGAUUCGUGGUCACAUGUUCUGAAGGCGACACUGGAGGGUCAUGCGGAGGUUUCGGUGAACUCGGUGGUGGUUUCCGGCGAGGGGAGGUGGGUAUACGGAGGAGGGUCAGAUGGGUUUGUGAUGGGGUGGGAGAGGAGUGAGAAAGGAGGAGACUUUGAGGAAUGGAGAUUAGGGUUUGAGAUGAGAGGACAUAAGAUGGCAGUUCUGUGUAUGUGUGUGGUUGGGGAAAUGGUGUGUAGUGGAUCGGCUGAUAAGAGCAUUGGGCUGUGGAAGAGAGAAGAGAGUGGCAGGCUCUGUAAAUUUGGGGUCAUUCAAGGGCAUGAAGGUCCUGUCAAAUGCUUGCAAGCUUCUCCCAAUAAUGUUGGUGCUGGAUUCAUGCUUUACAGUGGAAGUCUUGAUAAGAGCAUAAGGGUUUGGUGGGUUUCAAAACAAGACUGUGUAGAAGAAGAGAAGAAGAAAACAAGUUUUAGGACAUUGUUGAUGCAACAGGGAUGAGUAGAAAGAUGUUAAUAUUUGGUGUUCCUUUUUUUGUGGGUUUUCAUAUACGUUUUGGUUUAUAUUUGUAAUUUGUUAUUCAAUUUGUAAAGUUUUUUUUCCAAGAUAUAAAUGAUAUUAAUUCGUUUUGAUAGA